GGCAGGCUGGCGCGGCGGAAGGCCCGCGCCUACGAGCGCUGGGCGGUGUCGUGCGGGCUCGCCGCCUCGUGCUCCGCGCGCGCGGAGGACGUGGUGCACUGCCCGCGAGACGGGUGCGACUACAUGUUCGUGCUGCCGAAGGAGCAGCGGCGCGAGAAGGGCGCGGAGGAGCCGCGCAGCGCCUGGAACCCGCGGGCGUGGGCCGUGGGGCGCUGCGCCGGGCUCUACGCGCCGCCCACCCGGGACGGGCGAGACCUGCGCCGGGUGCACUGCGACGCCUGCGAGGCGGACUCGUGCCUGCUGUGCGGGCUGCUCUGGGACGCGCCGGCGGGCGGCGGCGGCGGGAGCCACCACGGCAAGUCGUGCCUGGAGCACGCCGCCAGGCACUCCUCCAACCACAAGCCCAACCAGCAGUGGGCAGGCGCGAAGCCGUGCCCCGGCUGCAGCGUGCGCAUCAUCAGGUCUAUUGGCUGCAACCACAUGACGUGCACGCGCUGCGGCACCCAGUGGUGCUGGGUGUGCCUCUCCGCAUGGGAGCCGCGGCACUACAGCUGCAGGACAGAGCGAUGGGGUCUCGAGGACAACGGAUGUCACGUGCAAUGAACCUGAUGGACUACACGGCUCACGUUGUGCGGAUUUUCUGUUGCAGGAGACGGUGAUUCGUCGAUUGAGUAAGCCAGCCGUGUUAGGUAGACUAUAUAUUGUUGUAUUCUUGUGUUGUUACGUAAUGUUUAAGUUUGUGCACACAUAUCUACAUGGAUGCAUUAUGCCAACUGGCGCUGGAAUGUGUAAACAUGUAGAACUCCAUUUAAAUCAUUGCAAAGCUCGACUUUGCGACGACACUAGGCUAAAAGGUGAUCCAUAAAUUUCGGGGGUUGCAGAUUGCAGGGUUGACAAGUCGACGCAGGAGGUCGCUUGCGAAUCUCACGUGUCUUUAAUUAUGUACAGCAGCGCUGAUCUCCAGCAUUCGCAUCUCGAGAAUUAUGUGGCCCGUUCUUCCCGAUGGGGAAUACGCGAGUCUGCGAAGGCAGGCUGAUUCUGUCGACAGAAGCCAGCUGGCACUUUUUAUACAUCCUUGGUGCUCACCUUUGGCGCCGCCCUGCCGUGCCAAAGUAUGUUCAGACUGAGCCCAUCAAGCUCGGCCGGGCAAGCAUCACUGUCGCCAGCAUCGCGUCUCUCAUCAGUGUCGCCAUCGUUGUCGAAGCGUUCGGACCUGUGGAGGCCAACACCCGGCAGGGUUCUGCUCUAAUUAGCGAGCGGUGGUGCCUCGCAAACAGGCGAGGCAAGGGCAAACUCAGCAUUCGCCGGACUAGUGCGAGAACGCUAGCGAUCCCGAACGAAGGAGGCGAGACCAGGCGAGG